AUGCGUUGUUACAGGAGCGACAGUAUCAUGUGGAUCUUAUUAGGGGUUGUAGCGCUGGCUACUUCGGCCACAGCAUGUUGGUCCAGUGUCACAACUGUGAGCGGCACCCAUGCCCCGGAGACUGUGUGCUCGGGCGCAAUGAUCUUCUCAGAUGACUUCGAAGAGUUUGAUUUAGAGAAAUGGCAACACGAGAAUACUCUAUCCGGAGGCGGUAAUUGGGAGUUCCAGUAUUACAACAACAACAGAACAAACUCGUACGUCCGCAAUGGGGUUCUGUACAUCAAGCCAACACUAACCUCUGACCAGUUUGGAGAAGGCUUCCUUACAAGCGGUGUCCUCAAUGUCGAAGGAGGCGCACCUGCCGACAGAUGCACAAACCCACAAUGGUAUGGUUGCGAAAGAACUGGAUCAGCACAGAACAUCAUAAACCCUAUCAAGAGCGCACGCCUUCGCACAGUCAAUUCCUUCAGCUUCCGCUAUGGACGCGUAGAAGUCAGGGCUAAGAUGCCAGCCGGUGACUGGUUAUGGCCAGCUAUUUGGAUGAUGCCCGCAUUCAACGCAUAUGGUACUUGGCCUGCUUCUGGAGAGAUUGACAUCGUCGAAUCUCGCGGUAACCGCAACAUGUUAUCGAACGGAAACCACAUUGGUACACAAGAGGCCGGCUCCACUUUACACUACGGGCCUUUCCCGGCGCUAAACGGAUGGGAACGCGCACACUGGCUCAGAAGAAACAACCAAGGUUACGACAGAAACUUCCACAGAUACCAACUGGAAUGGACUCCUGAACACCUCCGAUUCUCGAUUGAUGAUCAGGAAAUCGGUUUCAUUGCACCUCCCAACGGUGGUUUUUGGGAUUUCGCCAAUUUUGGUGGCAAUCCAAACUUCCGCAACCUUGACAACCCCUGGAAGGCGGGCAGCAAAAUGGCGCCGUUUGACCAAAAGUUCUACUUAAUCAUGAACCUGGCUGUUGGUGGUACGAAUGGAUUCUUCCCCGACGGAGUUCAAAACCCUGAUCCCAAGCCGUGGUGGAAUGGUUCCCCAACGGCACCAAGAGAUUUCUGGAACGCUCGCGGUGCUUGGCUCAGAACAUGGAAUACAAAUGUAAAUAAUGGUGAAGAUGCCGCCCUUCAAGUUGACUAUGUGCGCAUUUGGGCUCUGUAA